AUGAUACACAGCCAAGCCGGUUUCGAAAUACGAAACUGGCAGUCGAACUCCGAUGCGAUCCUCACACGGGUCGGGGGAAGGUGCAACGAGGCAGUUAAAAGUUUCACCGCAGAUAAAACAACAAACGCUGAGCGCGUGUUAGGAAUUGCGUGGAUUCCAAGUGAUGAUGUUUUCAGUUUCACGACACAGUUUCGCAAGGAUCUUCAGCCUUUACUGACGGGCGAUAUUACUCCUACAAAACGUCAAGUUCUACAAAUCGUAAUGAGCCCGUUCGAUCCGCUGGGGUUUAUAUCUAACUACACGAUACACGGAAAGAUACUCAUCCAAGAUGUGUGGAGAUCUGGAAUUGAAUGGGAUGAUCCCAUUACAAAAAAGGAUUUAUAUAGUUGGAGACGAUGGAUUACAUUGGUUCCCGAGUUGCGACAAGUGAGAAUAUCAAGAUGCUACUUCAACAACUACUCACCCGGAAGCUACGACUCGCUUGAACUACACAUUUUCGUGGACGCGAGCGAGAUGGCAUACUGCAGUGUAGCGUACUUUCGUAUCGUUGAGGAUCGAACACCAAGAUGUUCCCUGGUAGCAUCGAAAGCGAAAGUAACUCCGCUCCGACCGCAGACUAUUCCUAAAAACGAAUUGAGCGCUGCCGUGCUCGGCGUUAGAUUGAUGAGGAGUAUAGUAGAAAAUCAUUCCCUAUCCAUUAAGAGACGAUUCAUCUGGUCAGACUCCUCAACCGUCCUCUCGUGGCUAGGAGCAGACCCUCGUAAAUAUCGCCCUUACGUGGCAUUUCGGGUUGCCGAAAUUCUCACCGAAACGAAUGUUGACGAUUGGCACUGGGUACCGACAAGGAUGAAUAUCGCCGACGAAGCUACAAAGUGGAAUAGUGGUCCAAGCUUCGAUCCACUGAGCUGCUGGUAUCGCGGCCCCGAGUUCUUGUACUCGCCCGAGCACCUUUGGCCAUCAGCUGAGCCCUCAUUGAAAGAUCCUACUGAAGAACUGCGGACCGCCCUUAUUCAUCGAGAAAUUCCGCAUCAAACACCGUUUGAUUUCGCGAAGUGUUCCCGCUUCGAUGAUCUAAUAAAACGGCUGUCGUACCUCCAACAUUUUCGCAAUCAGUGCUGUUACAAAAACAGGGUUCUAACAAAGUCCCGUACCGUGUAUCUGAAUCAUGAAGACUACGUUUCGGCGGAAAAGAGUCUGUGGCGAAUGGUACAGGCCGGUCCUUACGCAAAUGAAAUCUCAUUAUUGAAAGCAAACUCAGAGCGACUCAUAGCUCAGCGUCAGCGUCUGGGAAAAGCAAGCACUUUGAGAGGUCUAUCGCCCUUUCUAGAUGAAGAUGGUAUUAUCCGUUCAGAAAGUAGAAUCGACCCCAAAGCGGCGUACUAUUGUUUCGAUUUUCGCAAUCCAGUGAUUCUACCAAGGGAGAACCACGUGACAGAUUUGCUCAUACUUCGAUUCCAUCAGCGGUUUGCACACGCAAAUACAGAAACAGUUAUAAAUGAGAUGCACCAGAAAUUUUACAUACCAAAGAUGCGUUCAGUAGUGAAAAAAGCGAUAAAAAAAUGUAUGUGGUGUCGCGUGUACCGAGCCAAACCAGGCGAACCAAGAAUGGCAUCAUUACCGCAAGCACGAGUGCAACCAUACGUGCGUCCAUUUACAUUCACAGGUCUUGACUACUUCGGACCGCUGGUCGUUAAGCGAGGUCGAAGCAACGUCAAACGCUGGGUGGCACUUUUCACGUGCCUUACAAUACGCGCUGUUCACUUAGAGGCCGUCCAUUCGCUAUCAACAGAAUCCUGUAGAAUGGCCAUACGACGGUUCGUGGCAAAAAGAGGUGCACCGCAGCAGAUCUUCAGCGACAACGGCACGAAUUUUCACGGCGCUGCUCGAAUUUUGGCGAACGAAAUUAAGGCAAUUAACCACGAGAUAGCAGCCACCUUUACUAACACCGAUACGAAAUGGUACUUUAAUCCACCUUCUGCCCCGCACAUGGGAGGAGUGUGGGAAAGAAAGGUGCGCUCGGUUAAAGACGCAUUCAAAGUGUUAGCGCAUCACGAAAGACUAGACGACGAAGGGCUGGUUACACUUCUUGCAGAAGUCGAAAUGAUUAUCAACUCUCAUCCUCUAACAUUCGUACCACUGGAAGGAGCUGAACAAGAUGUUGUUACACCGAACAGUUUUCUCCUCAUGAGCUCGAGUGGAUCCAACAACCUCAACAGAAUCCCAAUAGAUGAACCAAUUUCGCUGAGAACAAACUGGAAACUUAUGCAGCAUCUUCUGAACCAGUUCUGGAAAAGGUGGAUCCAGGCGUAUCUUCCGACAAUCGCUCGGCGGACCAAAUGGUUCUCAGAGUUGCGUCCACUAGAAGAAGGCGAUUUAGUUAUUGUGGUCGACGAAUCUGUGAGAAACGGGUGGCUACGAGGCCGCAUCGUCAAGACGUAUACAGCUGUGGACGGACAGGUACGCAAAGUCGACGUUCAAACCAAUUCGGGAGUACUGCAGAGACCAGCGAUCAAGGUAGCCCUUCUGGACGUUCAGGAGGUCGGUAAAACCCAGAAAUAA